AUGCCACCUCCAGUCACUUACGAAGGCGCAAAUUCGUACGUUGACCACGAGCUGUCCGUUAACUUGGACUCCACGGAGGCGUUCGAAGGACCAGAGAAGCUAUUGGAGAUUUGGUUCUAUCCAGAUGCCGGCUCCAUCCCGGGCGCAAACAAGUCGUUGAGAUCGAUAUCACACGACGAUUGGUCGGCCAUCUUGGAUUUGGUCAAUUGCAAGAUCCUCUCCAUCAAAUCAUCUGACCACUUGGACGCAUUCUUGUUGUCUGAAUCUUCGCUGUUUGUCUACGACCACAAGCUGAUCUUGAAGACGUGUGGUACAACCACCACGCUGUUCUGUCUCGAUGCACUGUUCCAAUUGCUCUUGAAAGAACUCAGAUGGGACUUCGUUAACAAGCAGCCUCUGAGAGUAUUCUACUCGAGAAGGGCAUUCAUGUUCCCGGAGAGACAAAGAUCGAUCCACAAGAAUUGGCAAGACGAGGUUGACUAUUUGAACCAGUACUUCAAGGGCUCGAGCCAUUACGUCAUUGGCAGAAUCGAUAACUCUCAUUGGCACCUAUACGUUGCUACUAAUGGUGAGGAUCAAGGAAGCGACGACGAUGAGACGUUUGAGGUGUUGAUGACCGGGAUUGAUCACUCGAAGGCUGAGCAGUUCGUCACUAGUCGUAAACCAGGGUUCGAGAUUGAUCCCAAACACGACCUGGGACAUUUCAUGGGCUCUUCCACUUCAAACAACACUGGCCUGAACAGUUUGUAUGGUGUCAAGCAGAUCCAUGAUGCCUUCAGCUUCACACCAUGUGGUUAUUCCUCGAACUCGAUCUUGAAUGAGGACUCCUACUACACUCUUCAUGUGACUCCGGAGAGAGACUGGUCCUACGCUUCGUUUGAAUCAAACGUCAACCCGGCCCUCUACAACUUGACCAACGUCGAUAUCCUGUUGAAAGUGCUCCAGGUGUUCCAACCCCGUCAUUUCCAGAUGACUCUGUUCGCCAAUGGUGACGGAGAAAGCCUGAACAAGCUGUUUGCCCUGGACCAGCUACCAAGAUACAAGAAGCUCGACAAAGUGCUGUACGACUUGAAAGGCUAUACACUGCUAUACAUCAGCUACGAGCUGGUGAUAGACUCCGCAAUGGAAGAGCUAAGAGUAUGA